GACACAGAUUAUGUUGAAUAUGGCGCGUAGCUCGAAAAGUUUCAUGCUUGGAUUUUUUUCAUCAUUUAGAUUUAGAUUUUAACUUAGUAUACGUGUUACAAUACUUGUUUCUAUAAACCUUUUUCUACAAUAUUGCAAUGGAAAGCAAAAGAAGUAUGGCCAUAUGCAAACUACCAGCAGAGGUGCAGUCUGCAUUAAGAAGUGGUGGUGUUAUUACAAGUAUGGCACAGUGUGUGGAAGAACUGGUAUUAAAUGCAAUUGAUGCAGGUGCCACAUCAGUUGCUAUCCGAGUACAUUUUAAAUUCCACAAAAUACAAGUUAUAGAUAAUGGAUGUGGCUUGAACUCUGCUCAACUUGACCUCAUUGGAACUAGGUAUAUGACUAGUAAAUGUCACUCCCUAGAGGAUCUUCAUAAUCACCUAGAUCAGUUUGGUUUUCGUGGGGAGGCAUUAGCAAGUCUGCGGGAAGUUUCGGGACUGCUGACAUUUGAGUCAAGACCUAAAGGAUGUGACAUUACAUACUGUAAGGUGUUUACGCAUGGUAAAUCACAUAAGGCAGGAAUUUCAAAAACCAUACGUCCUGGGCAAGGAACUACCAUUACAGUCCAUGACUUCAUGUAUAACAUGCCAGUCAGAAAGCAAAGAAUUCGAAGUGCUAUAGAUCUAGAAGAAAUAAAGUCACAUAUUGAAUGUAUUGCUCUCAUGCACCCACAGAUUUCAUUCAGUCUACGGAAUGAUACAGAUGGAAACAUAAUUUUGCACACUCGAAAAUGCAUGGACAUUAUUGGAGCUUUUUCAUAUCUUUUUGGUCAGACUGUUGCUCAGUCCCUUGUUGCUGUGAGUUCAACAUUAGGUCAAUUUAAAAUAAGUGGCUUCAUUAGCAAAGAGGCCCACCACCAAAAGAACUUACAGUUCAUAUACGUGAAUAAGAGGCUGAUUCUCAAAUCCAAGCUUCACAGGCUUGCAAACUCUGUGCUGGGUAAUAGUUUUAUUUUGAAAACAAAUGCCACAUCGCAUGACUGUCCCAUUUCUAAAGAAAGAUCCACUGGGCGAUGGCUUGCAUUCAGUCCUCCUGAGAAACGAGACAAGUAUGCAGUGUAUUUAUUGAAUGUUGAAUGCCCAUACCAUCUAUAUGAUAUUUGUCUUGAGCCAAAGAAGACUCUUAUUGAAUUCUGUGACUGGGAUGAAGUUCUCCAGUGUAUGGAGACGGCCAUAAGAUCAUUCUUAGAGAAGGAAUAUGCUGUUAAUUUCAGUCAAGAGAGUAGUAGAGAAAAGAACAACGGCAAUAACAUAUCAUCCCUUGUUAAGGAAAUGGAACAGUUGGAGGAAGAAUAUGCUCUUGGACAAUUGAAGACUCAGCGUGCUGAACCAACUGAGAUAAGUCUGGAAGGAAACUCAGACACACAUAAUCUUUCUGAAACUGUGACCAGGAAGAUGCUAAAUGUCUCUCGAGCAGUGUUUGGAAUGCCUGCAAAGAGGAAAGAUAAGAAUGAGGAUGUUUGUUAUGAAGAUAAUUUGUGUCUUCAGAGAACAGCUUUGACCUUUGAAGAAACUGAUAUAGCAUCUGAAAUUACAGUUGUAGUGAAGUCGGGUGUUAACAGAAACAGUGAUAGUGCACUGCCUGUCUGUACUCAGACUCCUGCAUUGGAUAAAUGCGGAUCAGAAAAUCCAUUUUCUUGUUCAGAAAAACAUGGUGCUACUCAGCAGAGCAAAACACCAUUGACUUGUGCCAUGAAGAGCAGUGCAAGACAUACAGGAAGAAGAAAUUUAAAUCAUUCAGUCAGUGAUCUUUCAGACAUUCCCUCAGUUGAAUCUAACUGUGAAAAGUCAUCAGUGCCAUGUAGACUAACUGAAACAGAUUCAGAUUUUUAUCCUACUCAAAGAUUUAGAAAUUUUAUUAAUCUGAGAACACAGCCGAAAUGUCGCUCAGAAUGUAUUGACCUUCCACCAAUAACAAAAUUCAGAGAAACUUUUCAUUGUAUAUCAGAUAUUCAAAUUCCCAUGCCUUUGAAAAAGUUUGAAUUUAAUUCUUUGCUGCAGUAUCUCGGUACUUCACAGUUGAUGAAAGAAUGUUUAAAUGGUAGAAAUAAAUGUGAUAAACCCAGUAUUAGUCUGAACUUGAAGGAUGUUACAGUUGGUGGCAGUGAAACAGCUCAGAAAAAUGUAUGUAGGUAUAAAGGUGCUAAUGGUAUUUUGUCUUCCAGAGUAUCAGCAAAUUUGAAGUGUUUGCUAGAAGGAAUAUCAAAGAAGCAUGCAGAAAUGAGAAAAGUGUUUAAUAAAGUACACAGUAAAGGACAUAAUAAUUAUAAGCUAUUAAUAGAUCGUUCAGUGCAACAUCCUUCAGUGCAGGAUGCUUCCAAAACAAUGAGCAGCAUAAAUGUUGCAAAGCCUAUCACACAGUGUGAAAAUACUGAAAACACAGAAGCAGCCAUCUUUAAAUUUGAAAAAAAUAUUUUUAAUUGGAGUACUGGUUUCUCAUACCAGUCCUUGAAGGCAAAAGAUGCAAGUAAUAUAGGCUCUUCCUCCAGUUUCAGAGGGCCUGUAUGUAAUGAGUUUAAUAUCCCUCAUAGAAAGAUCAUGGAAGUAGAAGAAUGUGCCCAAACUUUUGAUCUUGCAAGUACUUUGGAGGCUGAAAAAGUCGAGAAACUCUGGAGCAGUACACCGCACCGUGAUCAUGCACAGAAAACAACAGAUAAACAUGUUGCUGGAAGAGACAUAUCUUUGAUCCAGAAUAAUAAUGAUCAGGUCCAUAACCAGUUAGAAAUAAUCUAUCCUAAAAUUAAUGUUCAGAAGUAUGACACUAACAUUUACAGUGAAAAUAACAGUUCUUCAAAAAACUACUUCACAAGUUCUGAUUUUCUGUGUACCCUUGAAAGAGAAAGAGUGAAGAAAAUGAAAUUCACUACACAGAACAGUAUUCCUGUUUGUCAGGCAACAGAUUUUCAGAAUGAACACUGUGCAAACGCCAGGGCUUUUAAUUGCUCUAAGAAGUCACAUAAUAUACAAGCCUAUAGGAAGACUGUAAGAUUCAGUCCCAGUGAUAAGAGGAUUUUCAACAGUAAUGCUGAAGGCAGUACUGUACAGCUAUUCAGUAGUCCAAGUAAUUCAGACUGUGUGGUACGCAGUGUGAGUGUAGUAGAGGAAUGUGUCAGACCUGAUUUAGGAGCUGUUACAUGCAGACUUUCUCCUAAGUUAGACUUUGUGCAUCAGUUAGGCUGUAGAAAUGUAUUAACAUUUCUGAACACCAACUCAGAUAUGGUAUGUGAUGGAAAAUUAAUGAAGAAUAAUAUACAGCAUUCAGAUUAUAUGAAAAAUCGUCAUGUGGAUAAUUGUACAGAAGGAAUUCCUCGAAUGGUGUUAUCAUCAGACUGUGCUGUGCCCAGACAGCUACUUGGGAACAAUAUGAUUUUCAGUUCAGGCAAUGAAGCAGAUGUUGAAUCUUGUACUGAAACAGAACCAUGCUCUAGAAAAAGGAGACGUGUUACUAUAUUGUCCUUUAACAACAUUUAUGGAAACAAGAGGUUUUCCCGUCAUAAAAUCAACCAAAAAUAUUUGUAUCAACAGGCACGACAUAUUAAUGGAAGUUGUUCCGAGGAUUCUUUGAAGCGAAAAAUUUGCUAUCCGAUUGAGAAAUGUGAAAGUUGGAAAUGGAAUAUGUUAGCAAAGGAACUUCAUGGUGAAGGAGCUUCUGUAUUCUUCCAAGGGCAGGAAAACUGUGUGAGGUGUUUAUCAUCUGAUAGACAAAGAAGCAGGAGCAGAUUGGUUGAUGAAAGCCCACAGAUGUCUGUGCAUGAAAGAGUUUCCCAGAUACUGGAUGGCAGUAAUGAUACCAUUGCUUCAAGUUCUUGUAGCAGCUACAACCCAUCAUUGUCACAUUUCCACCGGACUGAUAACUGUAAAAUGAUAAUUAGUGAUUCAAGUUCUGAUCUUUCCUUGAAUAAGUGCAAUGUAACAUGCAGUGAAGUUCCAGGAAACCUUCCAUGUGUUCCAAACAGACUAGCAGUUUCUUCUAAUGGGAAUGAAACUGAAAGUGAAAUGUGUUGUUCACAAUUAUUAUCUGAUGCAGUUAAGGAAAUGGAGAUUACUGCAGGAAAUGAUGUUUUUAUUUCUUGUGGGCAGAUGGACUCCAGUGAAGUAGGAAAAAGAACAGUAGGUGUAUUAGAAAGUCAUGAUUUUAAAGAAACAAGUUCAAAAAAUCUAUCUUGUGAGAAUGUAUGUACAAAAUUGUCUCCUAUUGCAUCAUCAAAUGUUAUCAGUACUUCAAAAAUUGCUUGCAUUACAGAGUUACCUAGAAAAGAAGAUAAUUUAAGAACAGUAGGAAAUGAAAAUAAUAUUUCAGAGACAGAAAAUAUUGUUUCUUGUGAGAAAUCUAAUAUACCUCUGGAAAUAAUAUCACCGAAAGUUACUAUAAUACAAGGGGGUUCAGAAAAUGUGUAUAAUGAAACAGAUAAACUGGAUGAUGCCAGUAAAAAUAAUUCUGGGAGCAAAUCUUGUGAAAAAGAGCAGUCUUUAUUUUCCAAAUCGUUUUCAUCAAGUAACGCUGUAAAAUGUGGAGUAUCAAGCUCUUAUAAAUGCAGCGAAAAUGAAACUUCACAACUUCCAUCAAUGAAAAAUAUAUCUUCUGAACAAGGGCAGCUGUUUGCUUCUGAAAGAUUGUCAGAUAGAAAUAAUGAAUACUGUGGAGCAUCAAGAAAUUGCAGCUGCAGGGAUGGUGAAAGUACACAUUUGAUAGCAAAAGAAGUGCUUACUGGAGGAAAAAAGUGUUCCGAUCAAGAAUAUCCGUUGGUUAAAGAAUCAUUAUCAAGGAAUGCUGAACUUUAUGGUACUUCUGACACUUUCAGCUUAUUGAAGAAAAAUGGUGCAAGGGACAUACACCUUGCUAAUUCUGGAAGUAUGUCAAAUGGACCAGGCCAUUCACCCACAAAUGGUACGUCACCAGCCAAGAACAACAAUAAUAAUGGAGUAACAUGCAGUGAUAAAUUUACUGAGGUUGCAAGUGCCCAAACUCUGAGACAGGACAGCAUUUUUAAUUCAGAAAACAUUUCUAAAAAACAGUAUGGAAUAUUGUCAUUUUUUGAAGUGAAGCAGUAUAAUAAUACAGGUGGAAAUGAAUCAUCAGAUUGUGUCAACAUUCAUGACAGUCUACAUGAAAAUAAUACAUUACAUACUGAUUUCAUUACAUGUGGACAGCUGUCUCGUUCGAACGAUACAAAAAGUAGAGCUGAAUAUAGGGUUUUCUCCAGGGAUCCCCAAACUGAAAAAGGGCAGAACUUGAAUGAACUGCUUCAUCCUGAUUCAUGUACAGUAACAGUGGGACAGCAGUUAAGGGAGACACAAUCACAUUUGUUGGACAGAAAACGAAGGAGUGAAAUUGAUUGUCGGAAUCCGUACGGGAAACGGAACUGCCUGGAGAAACCAAGUGGAAAUAUUUCCAUGCCCAAGUGUAAACCAUAUGAGAGUAAUGCAGAUGCGACUGAAGUAUGUAUGUCUAAUUCUAUUUCCACUCAAGAACUAAAUGAAGCUUUUGACAAUAUUAUGAGUAAGAUAGCAGAAUCUGACACAAACAAACAAGAAAAUCAUGUUCCCAUAGCUGGACAAGACAGUUUAGCUGCGCAUACCCUUGGGGACAGUACUGUUGAAGAGGAUGUGUGUAAGGAAACAGACAAAAGAAGCCACAGUCCAGAAAUCAUUAAUAUAAAAUGUCCAAAAGGAUGGAAAGAAAAAUUGGAUCCCAGGGGUAAAAAAUUCUUUGUUCAUAUAGAGAGUGGGUUGACAUCUUACAUUGUACCUAACCAAUUGAUGGCUCAGAAUUUGUAUUCGAUGAGUAAAAGAUUUGCAUUCUUACCCAAAGGGAUGUCACCUAUUUUGGAAAAUGGGGUGAACAGAUCUCACAAGGAGUCAGAAGAAAGAACUUUGACUCCAACUUCGCACCAGACGCUGUGUAAUGUGAUCACAGACAGUUACAGCUUAGUGGAUGAAUUAGCAACUGUCAAGUGGAAGGAUAUGCAAGAAGCAAAGGGAACAGAUUGCAGGGACCUAGUGAAGAAGCUGCUAGCGGAUUCAGACAGCCGAAUGCAAUAUUGUGAGAAGGAGGUGUCCAAUGCUUGUGCUGAGCUACCCAGGAGCACAGUGAAAGUAUACAAUGUGCUCUACCCUUACACCUUUAGUAAGGACAUAUUCUCAAAUUUGCAGGUUUUGGGGCAGAUGGAUAACAAAUUCAUUGUGACAUUAGUUGGUCCAAGGAGUGGGCAGAAUCAAAAUGUUAUUGUCUUAUUUGAUCAGCAUGCAGUUCAUGAACGCAUUAGACUUGAAAGUCUGAUGAAAGGUUACCUUGUUGAAGGCAGUGAUUCAGAAUUCAGAACAGUUGAAGUGAAUCGUUUUAUCACCUUACAUCUGAGCAGCAAAGAAGUUAGGAUUCUCUCUUCUUUCCGAGAGGAUUUUAAAAGACUCGGACUUCAAUUUGAUGUAGUGGAUGAUAGUAGUAUACAAGUAACAAGUGUUCCAGCAUGUCUGUUGGCUCGAGAGCAAAGAGAGGUGCAAGGUCAUGGCAUUUCAGUUCUGAAUGGUUUUCUUGAGAACAUGAUUAGAGAACAAGUUGAUUCCAUUUUGUCUACAAGAGGUGUUGGCAUUCGACUGCCUACGAUUCUGCAAUCAGUCAUCAGCUCUGAAGCUUGCAGAGGAGCUGUGAAGUUCGGUGACCCCUUGUAUCCUGAGGAAUGCGAUGUCCUUCUGAAAAACUUGUCUGAGUGCCAAGUGCCUUUUCAGUGUGCUCACGGGCGACCAGCUUUAGUUCCGAUUGUGGAUUUGCAACAUAUAGAGCAAACUCAAGUUCGACCGAAACCUCAACUCUGGAAGCUGAAGAAAGGGUUAGAAAAGCCAUCUAACUUGUGAAGGAAUCAGUCAUAAUAUUUACUAUGAUGAUUAUUUAUUACUUUAUUUAUUUUAAUUUUAAUGAUUUAUGGGAUGGUGCAAGAAUAAUGUAAUAAUUGAAGCAGACCUAAACUGGAAUAUUAGCGUUGUAUAAUACCUUUGAGGUUGUAUGUUAAAUAGAGAAUAUUUACAUUUUUUUGUAAAAUUUUUAUGUAACAAACAGAAAAGCAGUGUCAUAUGCUAAUGUUAUAUGCUGUUCAUAAUUGUAAAUAAUAAUUGUUCACAUUUUA